GAAGACGCCGUUGCUAUGCGACGAUGCUACAACAAUCCCAUGAACUGCUAGGCAUAAAUAAGCAUUACUUAAGCUAGCAUCUCAUAUUUCAGGGGCAUCUUCCGGUGACUUUCUGUUCAUCAGUCCAGCUAAUUGGACAUUAUUGCAUUGUUUAUAUUACAGCCAUGCCUCUUCCAGACACAUUCUACUGUGCCCAGCAAAUCAACAUCCCUCCCGAGCUGCCAGACAUCCUUAAAGACUUUACUAAGGCAGCCAUCCGAACACAGCCCAAGGAUUUGUUGCAGUGGUCUGCGGCAUACUUCAGUGCUCUGUCUAAAGGAGAGUGUCUGCCUGUUAAGGACAGGCUGGAAUUAAAUGUUGCCACCCAGAAGACGGACACUGGGCUGACUCCAGGUCUUCUGAAGAUCCUCUACAAACAGCUGUCGCCAAAGAAAACCUGUAGCAAAGAGGAACUGCAGGCAAAGUGGAAGGGCCUGUGUCUACCUGUGGCUCAGCUGGAGACCCUGCUGUCGCUGGGCAGUUUUGGCUCAGAUAUCGACUGGAUGGAGUUUUUUGCCCUGGGCUGCAGCGCUCUUGGAGGGACUCUUAUCAGUUCGCUUAAGUUUGCCUGCGAGAUCCUAACAGAGGAUGAGACGGGUGGUGCCGCGAGGAUCCCGUUCGACACCUUUGUCAGGCUCUACACUUACCUGGCUCAGCUAGAUGGGGACGUGCCACAGGAACGCAUUGACAACUUCCUCAGCAGUCUGCAGCCACAAGUCAACAAGCAGAACGGCAUGAUUCAGGUUUCCAACUUCUACCCCAGCAGGAAGGGAGGGAAGCAGAGGCAGAAAGCAGUGGAAGAAAGAAGUUAGAAAUAGGAAUAAGGAAAUGAUGGCGCCCAAUUAAUAAAUGGAGCCGCUAACGCUUCGUCAAGCACAGCUGUUUUUCCAAAAAGAAAUUGGUCCCAUUAAUUGUUGGCAUCAGCCACUGUGGCCGAUUAUUCAUCAGUGUCCGGCUGAAUCAAGCCGCUAUUAUGAGUCGGGUUGGAUUCUUUUAAUGAGCUGCAAUAGAAGCACAAAGCUGCCAUGCUCAAACUGUCAGGCAGGGCGUGUGUGUAUGCUUUUUAUUUCCCGUUCCCGUAUGACUCGGCUAGUGAAGUUCAUUUAUCAUGCACGCUGCCUAUCAGCUUGCAGCCUCGCCACAUUUGGCCUCUCUGCUCGCGUCUGCAUUUCACCCAGCAGACCAAAAAAAAGGAAGUCAAGUAGAUAAGCGCCUACGCCACAGGAGUGUGAUUUUCAGCUUGCGUUAGAGACUCGUGUUAUAUUCACUCCUCUGUGCAGUACUGUAAACAAACACAGGCACAUUUCAACACCAGUGACAGUGACAGUGUGAAAGGUCCAGAGGUCCAGAGAUACAGUAUGACUGUUAUUAGCAUAUUUGCCUCUCAUACAAACACACACAAAACUGCUACGUUGGAAGUAUUUCAAUAGACAGCACAACAAACGGGAUCAGAGAAAAUUCCGUUUUCAGACAUUUUUGGCAUUUGGUCACAGGGGUGGACGAUGCACGCACACACAGAUACUGUAGCUUACCCCUUCCAGGAUUGCAACUGUGGUCAAGUCAAAGAAGACUGGAAGACAGAUAGAGCCCCCGCUAACUCGAUAACUGCAGGCUCUCCGCCCAUAUGACACAGCAGAGAAAGAAUUUUGUCAGGGCUUCCAGCAGUGAUCUUUUUGUGCGACGCCCACGUUAGAACUGAGUAAAUGAGCGUGCUGAAAAUAACUCAGUAUUAACUGUAAUCUGCUCAUAAUGCUUUUCUAUUUGGAAAGAUUCCUAUUUGUAUUGAUAGAUUUUAUGUCUGGGUGAAGUCUGAAGCAGAGAUAACUCUGGUAUCAAAGAUUUAGCACACGAUGCAGGCAGCGCAUAAUUUGUCUUCAUUAAAUAACACGACAUUCAGAAGCCACGCAUGAGGAUGUGGCUCGCCCAGCUGGAAUUACAAGGUUAAAUAGGAUGGAAUUUUAAGCUGUACUUAUAUUGUAUUAAAAGAGGUAUAUAAAUUGACAAGUAGAAAACAUAAACACUGAUUUGAACUUGGUUUCCUGUGGAUCUUUUUUUCCACUACAGGGGUUUUUUCCAGGAACCGAUGAACCUCUCUUGAUAAGAAAAUCAGGAAGUUUUUGGUUCUGUGCAGGGUUUUCUCAUAUACAGGAAUUUGCGGCAACCCCACACGUUUUAUCCGAAGCCAGAGGAAAUAUAACAGUUCCUUUUUUAACUACUUAUUAGGGAUUCAUUCACCAUUACAUAGUGGGUAUUAUUGUGUAUCAGUUGCACAGAAAUAAUAAAAAACCCAUUGAUUUUUUCAAAAUACAGACUAGCCUUUACUAAUCAUUUUUUAUAAGGAUUAUAAAAACGCCCCAUUCUGAAACCGGAAAAACCCUGCAGGGCUAUAUAUGUAGUUUUUUUCUUUUCUCAAAAAAGUACAUGUUUGUGAGCUGGUACUUUCCGGUGAUCUAGGAAUUACCCUUAAUGCUGUUACUGCUUACAAUAAAACACUAUGUUGAAAGCUUGUGUAUUUAUUCAGUCUGUAAGCAAGCAUUAUUGCUAGCAUGAGUUUUAGGGGCUUCUAUUUGGAAGUUUUUUGAUCUAGUGAAUUAUUUUGUCGUUGUUGUUAAUUGGAUUUAGAUACUGUGGCUAAUGUGGCUACAGUAAAACAGCAAAGAAGCAAAAACAUGUCUUUCACCCUGUGCACAUAAUUCUUUAUGUUUUAAAAAAAUCCAAGCCUCCCAACAGCAAAUUACAAAGAGCAGCCCCCUGUUGACUUAAAUCAAACUAAACCCGGCAAAGCUAUCAAACUGCAUGUGUUCUGAGACACAACGUGUUCUUGUUCUUUAGAAAAAUGUCUGUCUUGUCAGUCACACCUGUCUUGGUUGACAGUUCUAGUAAAGUAAAAAUACAAUCCACCAAGAAUGCUGUGGCCUCAACACAGAGAAGUAUUACUGUCCUCCUCCUCCUUAUCAUCAUUAGUUUAUUUAUUUAAAACAUGUUGAGGGAUAGCCAUAGAGGUGCUGAGGUACACAGUAAGGUGCAGAAGUAAAUUUAUAGAGCAGCAAAAGAAGAAUAGAUCGUAAAUCACUGUAUAUGUAAAUACCUACUGUUUGAUUGCGACACAUUAUAUGCUCCUCACAAAGCAUUCCUUGGAUAUCCUCAAAUUUCUCUCCAAUAAAAACUACUUUUUGGGGGCAUCUUGCACUAUAAUAGUCAGGCUUACAGUUACAGAUGCUGUGUGCCCCCUUUGUUUUAGGAUGUUAGAACAUGGAAAAACAUGAUGUAAUUGCAAAGAUGUCAGUGGUUUAGGAAUCUCAGCUUUAGGGUGGACCUUGUUGCGCAGCCUUUACUCUU